AUGAAGCCUGUAUACUUUUUGCUUUUCGUUUUGCCCCUAACCGUUGCUGAAUCUGAACGCCUAUCACCGAGCAGUUUUUUUCAAUUUUAUAGCGGAGUUGGAUGGUUUCUGCGUCGAUGGGCUCUAAAAACUUAUGAAACGGUGCAAAAUGAAAGCUGCCGAAGUGAUCUCCAUUUCUGGAUAGAUUCUUUGCAUAAUUAUUCUCAUGCAAUUGCCACAAACUGCUCCGACUCUGAUGAAAUCGACUGUGACGAGAGAAAGGAAAAGGACGAGGAAAACAAUAUGUUCGCUGUUAGACAAUUGGAUUCUUAUGGGAGGAUACCGAGUAACCUGUUAUCUGUAAAUACGAUAUGGCUUGGUUCUUGGGAAGAAUGUCUGUCGGUAAAAGCUGUUGCUUUGCCUUCCUAUAGCACGCAGUACUGUUAUGCUCAUGUUGGAAUAACAUUUGAUGUUCCAUUUGUUAAGGAUAAAUUUUACAGCCUUGAAGAAAUCUUUUUUAAAGUUUUGUCUAAAAAAAAUCUUUCCCCUUUGCAGUUUGAGGGUGAUAAAGUUUGCUUAUCACCGGUACUAGCCCGUUGGACUGUUUGUAUGCCGAGAAGCUGUCAGGAAAACGACAUUUUAAAGUUUCUGCACACGUCGUUGAAACCUGUUACUAAUUCGAUCAGGGUUUGCAAAGUGGAUUGUUAUCCAUAUGAGGCACCAAAAAAGAAUCUCUAUUUUUGGAUAGUGAUAACUAUUUGUAUCAUACUAGUUUUUCUUGUAGUAGCAGCCACCACAGCUGACUACUGUACAGAUUCUGACCUGUAUGCCGAACAGCGAAGACACAAAGGGAUUCGAUGUUUAUUAGCAUUUUCGCUUUAUACCAAUUGUGCAGAAUUAGUAAAUCCAGAAAAAGUUCCGGGUCAGAUUGGCUGUUUACAUUGUUUACGAGCGUUGACAAUGUCGUGGAUCGUCAUUUCUCACGUUCUUGAACUUCAUCUUAGCGGAGAUAACCCAUUGGAAGCAGCAAAAGCGACCCAAUUCUUUUUAAACGACAUCUUUAUAAACGCUUAUUUUUCUGUCGACACAUUCCUGUUUGUUGGAGGACUACUGUUGGCAUAUGUUUUCUUCAGAGACAUGAAACGAAACUCUUCACUACUGCGAUCGCCAGUUUAUUGGAGCCUUUACUACCUGCAUCGGUACCUCAGGCUGAGUAUUCCUUAUUUUACUCUCAUGGCUUUUGGAAUAGCAAUAUACGACAAAAUUACAUAUGGGCCAGCCCUACCAAAUAACCAGAUGAACUUGGAUUCAUGUAAAAAAUACUGGUGGAAAAAUAUGCUCUACAUCAACAAUUUUCUCGGCAAUAAAGGAACGUGUAUGGCACACACGUGGUACUUGGCUGCUGAUAUGCAAAUUCAUGUUAUUGCCCCUUUAAUUCUUGUCCCCCUAUUUUUAUCGAGAACGUUUGGGUUUAUUUUGGGUGGCUUUCUACUGUUUGCAACCACCAUAUUAAAUUAUUUUAUUAUUAUGAAAUACGAUUUUCCUGUAAACUAUGUUGGAUUUUUUAUGGACAUGUACAAACCAGAAAAACUAUUGUGGUUUGAACAAAUGCUCUAUAAUGCUCCAUGGGCCAGAUUUUCACCUUACUUAAUUGGUGUAUAUACCGGUUAUUUUCUUUACCAGACAAAAGAAAGGAAAAUGUCACUUAACUGGUCGACAAUUCUGAUGCUGUGGUCUGCAACGUUCUUAAUACUUGGUGGCUGCAUUUUUGGUCUUUAUGAUUAUCUGCAAAGUCCAGAGAAUGCAAUUUCAAGUUUCGCUCGGGCAAGCUACCAUAACUGGUCUAAAGUUGGUUGGGGGCUAGCAUUAGCAUGGAUUGUUAUUGCCUGUGAAAAAAACUGGGCAGGACCAAUUAAAAAUUUGAUCGAGCAGGGAGCUUGGGUACCGUUCGGCAGGCUUACCUACUGCGCUUUCUUAAUACACUUCCCUCUUAUUGGUAUCCUUUUAUCCUGGGAUCGGAAACCGUAUCAUUUUAUUAAUGUUGUUUGUACGUGUAUCCGAGAAGGUCUUCCUAUUUUGGUGGUAUGUUACGCAAGUGCUUUCGUAUGGCAUACGAUGAUUGAAGUUCCAUUUGCGAAACUGGAAAAAUUAGCGAUUGAUACACUGCUGGGUGGUUUCAAAGAACAUGAUCGAAUUAUCAGCGGGACAUAUGAUAGUAGCCAUCGACACAGAUUUAAUAUGAAUAGUGAAGGAAAAAACUUCUAUAAUCAGAAAGAUGUUGCGGACCCGAAAAAUUCUGUGUUUCGAUUAUAA